UGUCUGGCGGACAGUCAGCUGCGGACCGUUUCAGCUCUUUACGGUCCUGGUUCAUAAUAAAAGACCGGAAGAAUAAAGCCCCGGAGCCUCUGCUACAGGCCGGAGAUGGACAACAGUAAGCGGACUGUGGUUGUUACAGGUUUUGGGCCUUUUGGAGAGCACACGGUCAACGCCAGCUGGGUCGCAGUUCAGGAACUGAAGAAGCUGGGUCUGGGCGGGGAAGUGGACCUGCAUGUCUCUGAGGUUCCUGUAGAGUAUCAGACAGUCCAGAGUUUGGUUCCUUCAUUAUGGAAGAAGUAUCAUCCAUCGCUGGUGGUCCAUGUUGGAGUCUCAGGGAUGGCCACCACCGUCACUCUGGAGAAGUGUGGCAGGAAUCACGGCUACAAGGGCCUGGACAACAGCAGCUUCUGCCCCGACUCACAGUGUUGCAUUGUGGGAGGUCCUGACUGCAUCACCUCCGUCAUCGACAUGGAGUCGGUGUGUAAGAGAGUGGCGGCGGCGGGGCUGGGCGUCGCCGUGUCCGUCUCCAGAGACGCUGGAAGGUAUCUAUGUGACUUCACCUACUACACCUCUCUGUACCUGAGCCGCGGCCGCUCCGCCUUCGUCCAUGUGCCCCCUCUGGGGAAGCCGUACAGCGGGGAGGACCUGGGCCGCGCCCUGCAGGCCGUCAUCCAGGAGAUGCUGGAGCUUCUGGACCAGGCGGAGGAGAAGAUCUGCCAGCAGCACUUCCACUAAGUGACCUCUGACCUCCAGCCAACCAGCCCUCGGCUCACCACACUAGAGAAAUUGCACUUAACCACAAGUAGCCAAACUUUUCCUUCUUUUGGUUUAUUGUUGUCUUUAUUCAGACAGAAUGAAAACUUCACAUGUUUCCAGCGUUUUUUCUCUCUUUCUUCGGUUUUUGCUUGGUGUUUUUUUUAUCCCUGACUCAGUUAUGUCUUAAUGUCUCCCGAUGGUGAGAAGAUAAAAUGGGAGUCUGCAGCCUAACUGCUGUUUUUCACACAUGAUGUUGAAUUGUUUCUUGAGUCCUUUUUCUUUAUAAGAAGUUGUAAUUUUGCCUUCUUUUACAAAGGUUAUUUAAAUCAGGGAACGGGUUGGUUCCAGCUCACAUUCCCCUCAGUUUCAUCGGCCCGAUUCUGACAGAAAACCCCAGAACCCCUCUGAGAUCUGGCCCAGGCUGUGCAAUGUUUUACAGAUCUCAAGUUCACUCAUUUAGUUCUAGGUUUAGCAAAAUUGUAUUAUGGUUGCACAAUUAUCUGAGAAACUAUUAAGUAUUGCAAUUAUUACCACAGAAAUCUAAGAUUAAUUAAGCAAAUAAAUGUCUUUUUUUUAAAUCACUUUAUAUCUAAAACAUCGUAGAAUAGCAAAACUUGAAACUUUUUCUCAAGACAGAACUUGCAGAGUUUCUCUUGUGUUGUGCUGUCCUAGUUUUAAUUCCUUGAUGAAAGCUUUCUGUUGUUCCCUUCAUUGAAUCAGACAUCGCUGCUUAUUUUACCUGAAGAUUUGUUUUCAUGAAGUUGGACUCUCUUCAGUCAGAGUUGGGCCUGGAAUUUUAUUUCUGUAGCACUUUCUUUAUUUAGUUUUUGCAAUUUUAAGUCAUUUUGAAUAUGGACAGCAGUUUUAGCCAUGUGAACACUUGCAUUGGAUAUUUUUAUUUUCAGUCACUUUAACUUGAAAUAUCUAGCGUUCUAGAUGAACACAUCUCCAUUUUUCACUUUUUUGCCCCCCCAAUGAAUAUAAUUAUGCAUGCGAGGUGAGCUUUGCUUUAUUUUCCUGAGCUUUGGUUUGUUCUGAUGUUUUAAUCUCUCACAGCAUUUGUGAUGGUGCUUCAGGUGUAAAUGUUUGUUUUAUGGCUUUUUUAUUGGAUUGUCUUGUGUUUUGCUGAGUCGUUAGAACAGCUUCGGUUUCAUUAGUUUUUAGUAGAACUUUUAGCAUUGAAUGGCCUGUCUUCUGCUUCCUGUAAACUGUUAGCUAGUCUUAGGAAACUAACACUGCAGCAGUAGUAGUCUCAUGGACUUUCAUUGAGUUUUUGAUUAAAUGUUUUUAUGAGUUAAGCAAGACGGACUGGAUCCCCUGAGAGGCAAGUCCAAAAACAUUUUUAAUUAAGGUGUUUUCUCUCCAUUUUAUGACUUCAGAACAGGUGUGAACAGGUUUCAUUAGGAUCUAUUUAGAGCAAACAGCACAACACACAAACAGUCAUUUAGAUCAAACUAUUCUGUAUUUCUUUUCACCUGUUCUUAAAACAUAAACACAUGAGAGAGUAUUUUUUGUCACUUGCCUCUUCUUGCUGUGUAAGAUGCCAGUGAUUAUUCUCUAUUGGUGUGUGUCAUUUUAUUGCUUUUAGCAACAUGAUUUCUACCACAAAGUAGCAUCCUGAAGCAUUGAGCUGAACAAAACUCAACUUAUUCUCAGACCUAAAUUUAAUCUUUUGUCAUUCAGAUUUUGGUUUGUCUGGUUUUAAAAAGCUCUGUUGAAUGAUGGACAGGUUUGAGUUUUUCCUGUGUGGCUCUGUGGAUGUGAGACGUGAACAGGAAGUGGGGAAGCUGCCUCUGAAAGGUCUGUUUACAUAUGAGGUGACCUCUGACCCUGUGCCUUGCUGUUGUUUAUGUGUGUUAUAAAAAAAGGCCUUAAAAAUACCCAGCGGGUCAGUUCAAAGAUAUAUUACUGAUGCUGUCCAGUCAGAUGUGUGGCUACCUCAAAAAGACUUUUUUAUCUCUGCGUGUGCUCUGUUGUACAAUAACAUGACGGCUCUGUGAAUUAUCUGCUUCUGUUGUUAACAAAGCACUGUUACAAUUAGUAAUCUUGGCUUUUAAAAGAAAAAGACUUUGAAAUAAAGUGAAAUAAAGGAUUACAAGUAACAUCUUUGUGUCUACUAUUACAA